AUGUUUCGGGCAGCCAGCGAGCGAUUCGUGAACUCACCGUGGCAGCAUAACCCCAAGAGGACCGUCUUCGACGUCAGAGGAGGCGCCGAGGUCUAUAGCUGGGUACAGCAGGUCUUCUUGAACCAGCUCUACAUGGAGUUGCCCGCAGAUGGUGCUGCAGAGGGCUAUUGCACCAGCACCCAUCCCUGCCGACUGGGUGAGGGGAAUGUCAACAAGGAGAACGAAUGCUCUGGGUCUUUGAAGCCGGGGGAUCGGAACUGCCCGUCGCGCUUGGGGGUGCGCGCCAGCUGCUGCCAGCAGUGUCAGGGGUCAACAUGCCCGGAGAGUCACCUACCUGCAAAGCAAGGCUUCCUUGUGGCCAACACCUCCGUGCUGGACCUUUCCGCGAACUGCGCCCAAAAAGUGCCUAGCUGGUUGUAUCUGCUGCCGCAGUGGAAAGACGACGAUGCGCCUGAUCAUGACUCGGGCAACUACACCUUUUGCCCAGAAAGGGUUGGGCGGCAGGGAAAGCGCGGUCUCAUGGUGGGACGCUUCAACCUGGUCCUGAUGGGCCGACUGUCUCUCAAGCGGCGGAAGUUGGCGACAUCAAGUUCGCCCAUCUUCUCGAAUGCUUAUCCCCGUGUCAUGUCGUACCGCAAGACAGAUGCCUUCCAGUACAGAUCUGCAGAAGAGGACACAGCCUCAUUUGGGACGGACCGUGUGUACAACUACGCGAAGGACGCAGGCUUCAGGAGAGCAGGCGGUUUCGUCGAGAUGCUGAACUUUGAUGAGCCCAAGCAUGUUAUCUUGAACAAGAUCGCAGCAUUGAGGCGGAAUGGUUGGUUCAAUCUCAAGCAGGGGUCCUUAGUUGUUGAGCUGCUGGUAUGGAACGGCAACGUGGAGCGCCUGCUGCACACGGCCUUUGUUUUCGAGCAUGACUUCAGUGGAAAGACGGAAACACAGGUCCUUGUCAGCAGUCUUGCAUUCAACAUCCACGACCUGAAUGCUGUUGCAACCUACUUUCUCUUCGCCCUCUACCUUGUCAUUAUCGUGUGCUUUGUCUUCUUUUUGCGUGCGCAGAUUGAAGAUAUUUCAGCUGAUUACCGUGCCUAUCUUUCUGAGCCAAUGGGUUACAUCAAGCUGGCCCUCUUCUGCCUUUGCUUCUACUGCAUCGUCCAGUACUUCACCAUCGUCUUCUCAUACAUUUUCCUGAACUUCCGACUGCCCAUGAAGACUUCCGACUUUCAAGAAGUGGCAGAGCUGACGAUGAACAACGAAGAUCUCAAGGUGGCAGUGUCUGUCACCACGUGUCUGCUUUUCGUCCAGGCGAUCGCAGAGUGCUGCGCUGUCCUUCCGCAGUUGCAGCUCUUGGUGCACUCGAUGAGCGUUGUGAAGGAACACUUGGCCGCCUUCAUCGUGGCCUUCUUUAUCAUGGUUCUUGGCUUCGGCUUGGGGGGCAUGUUUGCCCUGGGCUGGAAAGUUGGGGAAUUUGGCUCUAUGCCACACAGCAUCCUCACGGUGGUGGAGAUGAUACGUGGGAAGUCCAACUACCCAACCAUCAUCUCUGCAGAUGGCGACUUCGGUGAUGCUUACUUCCUCUUCUUCCACUUCUUCUUCCUGAUCUUCCAGCAGUUCUUGCUCGCAAUCUUGGUCGUUGGAUACAUGAAGGUGCGCAAGAAGCAGGCCGACUCCGAACAGGUGGAAACGCCUCUUCGGCGGAUAUUCCGCUCUGUGAAGAGUGCCCUGCUCCACCUCAGUGCCAACAUCCGAAGCCGCCUCAUUUCCUUGCAGCAGAUCUUCUUUGGCACCCAAGCCGCCAGCAAGACAGUGGACUAUGAACAGGUAGCACGUCUUCGCGACAAACGGGCUACGAAGCCAAAGAUCCGCAACGUCCUCUACGAGAAGAGACCAGGGAACGAUGAUGAGAGUGUGGAUAUUGCCAAGGAGAUUGGGCUGAGAGCAGUGGAGCCCUUCUAUCCAGAUGGAAUGAUGCACUACUACGUGGACUACGUGGAACCAGACUCAGUGGCACAGGACUACAAGGUGCAGGGUUUCCGUCUCGUGGGCAUCUUUUCAAAGGGAAGCUAUGACAAGGAGAAGUUCCGCAGCAUUCAGGACUUUGAACAGAAGUACGAGAAGGACCCGCAGAAGAUCCUUCAGAGCAUCAGUAGGUCCGACUCUCUACCCGUGAGGCUCGAGUUUCAAGGCAAAGUGCGGCCGUUCUCUUGCGAGUGCCUGACCAUGGCUUUUUUCAUGACCAUCUUUCUCGUCUUCGUUCUCCAGGUUAGUCGUGUACAGGACUCCUACAGCCUGGCGCAGAUUCAUCGAAGCGAGCUGAUGGGCAGGGAGUGGUACGAGUAUCACCCCACACGUGUCAUGGACUUCCGUAACAUCUCCCUCACGCCCAAGAGCUAUGAGCAGUGGAUGCGAAAGGCAGUCUACGAAGGUGAGAUGCGCUGCGUGGGGAAGCUAGCGGUCGAUGCGGACAACUGCAUUCCUGAUCUUCGCUCCGACGGCGACCCCUACGUUCGCGAGGACUGGCAGCUCUUUACACGAUCCCUUAGCUCUACUGCGGCCCUGAAGCUGAGUGCAAGACCGGAGACAGCGGAUCUGAACACUUUCUUUGACAAAAGCCCACCAGCCGCAGCCGAGGGAAUGACCAUGGGCUUUAUCCCCAAAGGGACCGUGCCAGUGGAAACGGCUGUUCGCUUCCGUACCUGGAACGUGGGUGUAAUGCCCAACAACCACGCACGGAUCGUCUUGCAAAUUCCCUGCUACACUGCGGUCACAAACGAGCGCUUUAAGGAGGAUUAUCCCUUCCAGCUCAACCCGGAGUUCCGUGGCUGCUCCACGACGGAUUGCAUGGGAAAGCUGCUGCAGGAGCAGCAGGUUUGCUACUCCUUUGAUGGUGAGGAGCAUCCGGCGGCCUCUGUCACAGGUGCCUCGACCGGGGUUGCCUACGUGUACACGACACAAGAAGGAGCAAAUGGGGUCGUCCUUGGGCUCGGUGGGACUCCGGCGGAAGCGGAAACCGUGAUGGACCUGCUUCUGCAGGAUGCAAUCCACCCUAUCAGCAUGACCCUUCAGUUCGUCACCUACAACGGCAACAUGGACAUGUUUACACACAGCCGAGUGUCGUUUGAGCUGGAGCCAACCGGGGUGCUUUCAAAGAACGUGCACACCGUGGUCUUCCCUCUGAAUGUAUUCACCAUGGGCCUGACGGACUUCGCGGAACAGCGCCAAAAUACGAACCAUGCGCUGUUUAUCACCUACGUCGUUGCCGCAAUCCUGUUCUUGAUCCUUGUGCUCCGGGAUGUGCUCAUCCAGCUACACCUCACCUCGCUGCAGAAGCCAUGGUAUAUGUUCAUCCUUGACUUCUUCUUGGACGACGUGUGGAACUUUCUAGACAUCAUAGUUCUGGUGGUUAAUGGGUUGGUGAUUGACAGCAUCUUCCGCUACAUGCUGAUUGACGGUUCCUUUGACUUGAGAAAUGGCUUUCAAUCCUGGACAGACAACUUUGUCUUCCUUGGUACUGCCAGCCUGGAAACUCAAGACGCCUACGAAGCCUUCGGCAAAGCUGCAAGACUGUACGACACCUUCAUCACGCUCUCCUCCUUGAACGGCCUCGUCUUGCUCCUUCGUUUCGCCAAGUACUUCCGUUCCGUGAGUUCUCUACGCCUCGUUCUGACCACCUUGACGGCAGCGCUGCAAGAGCUCUUCAUGAUCUCUGCGCUGAUUAUCGUCGUGCUGGUAGCCGUGGUUUUGCUCAUGCACAAUCGCUUCGGCGUGAUCUUCCACAGAUACGGGACCCUGGAGAGUUCCAGUCAGUCCGUGUUUUUCUUCUUGACGGGCUCUUUCGACACAGCUGACCUCUAUGGAGCAUUUCCGAUCUUCUUCCUCUUGGUCACGAUCUUGUUCCAGAUAUCCUUCUUGCUCAUCUUGAACCUGCUCAUUGCGGCGAUCAUCUACCGGUGGAAGGAUAGCCGACGUGACGCCGAAGAUUUCUCCGUCCUCAGCUUUUGGACCACUUUGCGCGACAAUGUCAAUGUUUUCAAGGCGAACAAGGCGGGUGGCAGAAGCCACGACGAGAGGCAUCUGAAAAAGCUGGACCCCGCGUUCUGGCGAAAUCUCGCGGUUCUCAGGCACAUCGACAAGUUGGACGAAAGUGGCAAGAUCAACUUUAAUGCCGAUCACCGAUCGGAAAGCCCCAAGGCAAAGAGAGAGGAGGAAGAGAAUCGGGAAAGAGAUGAUGAGGAGGCCUCUUACGACGAGGAGGCUGGCAUACUGGACUUUAGCAACCCGCAGGACCAGCACAGGUUCAUCACCGUCUUCAAGAAAGCACACAUGGAGAUUGCUUCACAGAUGACGAAGGAUGUAGUGACGCCCGACGAAGAGGCCGAAAAGAACCACGCCGCCGGCGUGGGAAGCCUGGAAGACAAGCCAGAAUUGAUGGAUCUCCAGGCACAUGUGGAGAAACGCUGGGAGCAGGAAAUGGAAGCAGAAGCGCUUGGAAUCGUCGAAGAUCUCCAGGCGCCAAGCACGGCGCAGACGAUCCAAGACAAUCUGAAUCGCGAGCUGGAGAAAUCGAGCCACCCCGCAGAGGAGAUCUGGCUGGAUGCUUUGCUGACAGUCUUGGAAGAUGCAAACGCUCUGGAGAAGCUUCAGAAGCUCUUCCUUCCCCGGCCGAUGAUUGAGCCCAAGAAGGCCCAUGAGUGGAGCGCCUUCAUCCGGAAGAAACUGAUUCUGGAGCGGCGGCUCAACCAUUUCCUGCGCUGGCUGCAGGAGGAGGCCCGCGUGAAGCACUACGAGUACGUCCGGGAGAUGGCGGUAUCCAAGGAGCGAGUUCUCAAACAGCAGUCCUUGGUCCUGACGGACUACCUUCAGACAUUGGACGUCCAGAUCGAGAAACUGACGGCAGAAAUCAACCUCUUGGACAAAAAGAAUUUGUCCAUGAGAGCUCAUGUUUCACCACUCCUGUAG